AGGGCGGUGCUUCCGCCUAGCAACGCGAGUGUUGCGGGCGUCGCUAAGGAGGGGAAGCCGCCGGUUCCGGACAUGGCGGAGCAAGCGCUGGGCGUGCGGGGCCGCGGCGCGCGGAUCAGAGAGAAGCCAAACAAAUUCCUGAGCAGCACCCAGAAAACUACUACUACUCACCAUCUGAGCCUCAAAGGACCGGAAAAGAGCCAGACACUGCACAGCAACUGGGAAGGAACUUCAUUAUUUAAAAAACAAACUGAAACUAGCUUGUCCCCAUAUAUAGAGAAGAGUCCCAGCAUUGACGACUUAGAAGAAAGUUUGCGGAAACUUAAAGUUCAGGUGGACAGCUUGGCCUCGAGUCUGAGUUUUGACCCUCAUCAAGAUUAUGCCAUAGACUCUAGCACUACAGUCAACUUGAGCACCUUUAAUUCUGCAUGGCCAAGAGUUCCUAAUGGGACCUAUGCAGAGGCAGACAUCGGAGAUUCACCAAAGCCAUCUGCAGAGUCUGAGUGGUUUCUGAACCCAAGACAUCUAGUCAAACCACUGGGAGAGUAUCCAGCGCUAACAAGCUUGGGCCUUCCGACAUUCUCCACAUCACCCAUCAACCGUGUGCCAGGGCUCCUGGGGAGUGAGAUUGCAAGUCAGAACUAUGUGCCGUCACUGGAUCUUGCACAUACAGAGUCUUUCCCAGUGAAGCUUGGUGCUCCUCAUGUGAUUGGAGUCAGGUCAUUGUUGCCCCCUAAAAUCCCAGUGCAGGAUCGCUCUCCUGAAAGGUCCCUCUCCCUUGAUCGUUCUGGAACCAACCGAUCCCGUUCAUUCUCUCCGGCUCCCAAAAGAACCCGGUGGCUAAGGUCUCGCUCACAGUCACCUAGACCCAUCUGGAGACCAAAUUCUGCUAAGGCAAAUGCCUGUGCCCAGCCUCCACCACACUUUGGCAGGUCUAGGUACAGCAGAAAGAAAACAGCUUCAACCAGACAAUCACGAUCCAGAAUAUACAAACCAGGAGCCCUGGCUGCUAGGUCCUGUACUCCAGCCAGGAUGAAUACAAGGGGACCACUGAGCUAUUCUUGGAGCCCUUACAGUCUGCCUUCCACUGCUGUAUCCUCACCAACAGCUCAGGAGAUUAAUGAACGGUUUUUGCAGACUCUUGCAGAAGGUGCUGUUGGGAGGUCCCUGAUAGAAAUGUCCCCGUAUCAGAAGGAGCUGGCUCGUCUCAGGCUGGAGCGUCUGCGUGUGGAGGAGGAAUGGUUAUUAGAACUAAAGAGGCAGCAAGAAUUGGAGCGAACUCGGGGUCCAAAACCAAAGUGGUAUGAGAUGAAAAACUCCCAGUUUCAUUAUGAAGCCCACAAGAAUAAUGAGUUGCUGAAGAACAGCCAGGACUUGCAGUCUGUCUAUAACUAUAGGCAGGAACUGGCAUCCAUGUCCAAGGAAUUCCAGCAGCAUUUGAAACCUGCUCACCUGCACUCUCUCUGGGAAGAGCUUUAACUAACCUGUGCUGGUAGGAGGUGCAAUCAGAGACGCCAGCCUGUGAAUUCUGGGAGGCCCUUGUGCUGUGCUUAAUGAAGAGGAAACAAGAUGGUGGAGAGGGGAAUUCUUUAGACCCACUAGCCUAUGGGCCAGUUCCACUCCAGUGCAUCUUCACUGCCUUCAGUGCUGAAGUUAGUCAGUUAUUAUUUACGAUAAUAAGCCAAAUCACUACUGCUAUUAUUCACCUCUGUGCCAAGAGCCAGCAGAAAAUCUACAUGCUGGCCUUCCGCACGGGGGGAAUUUUACCCUGUGAGGAGCUAUCCCUAAUCAACUUACUUGCAGUAUAAAAGAGCCUUUUACUGAAGUGGAGGGGAAAGGAUUGAGGCAAGGGGAAAGUUAAGGGAACAAAUCUAUGGAAUGAUUAUAAUGAGGACCUCAGAAACAGCCCUAAAGCCCUAUUUGUCAGAUCCUGCAGCUUGAGAUGAUGAAAAACUCAGAAUACGGCAUUGAUGGGGUUGGACACAUGGAUAAAUAGCAUCAUGGCAUUUGUUCAGCCUUUCCACUUAUGGUGUCCUUUCUUUUCAGCACUUGCUUCCUUCAAAGUGCAGUUUGAGUGACUCCUUGCUCUUUUUUGCAGUUUCCUUCAUUUUUUCUUUAAUCCCUUCUGUAGUUAGCUGCUGGCAAGUAGAGCAUUCUAAAAGCAGCAAGCUGCCCAGGUUCAGCUGCAAACAAAAGCCGCACACGUUCCUGCAGCUACUAACAGAUGUUCUGUGCUGCAUCAUCCCAAGGUGCAAUGCAGAGCAUUCUGGAAGCCAAAACAAUGGCAGGUUGGUUUGUUUUGAAGAUGUUAGCCUGCAGUGUCCAUUAUUUCCACAGUUUACAAGCAAACAGCCCAGGGACGAUCCAUCUCUGUUCCCUAAACAAUAUAAUGAAUUCUACUUCAACAAAUUUCUAAUUCACAUUUUAAAUUUUCCAGCAGAGGCCUCAGAAUAUAUUGAUUGUUUUAAUAAAACUCUGUUUCCAGUGAUCAUUGCUAGCAAUCACAGGGGGGCUUUAGUAGGGCUUGGUUUGGAGCACUUCAGCUAUCCAGCACAGAUAAUCUAUUUACUACACUGAAGGCAAAAUAUUCUGAACUAUUACAGAGGGGAGCUGGGAAUAGGGAUUAGUUUCACAAGCGCAGAAGGACUCGAAGAAAGAAAAUAAAGAAUGUCCUCACUCAUUUUGGUCUGACAUAAACAAAUUGGCUAAUCCUCUACUGGAGAUAUCAAUAAUAGCUAUUGUUUACCUCUCCUGGGGAAAGCAACUGUUUUAACCUGCCAGUGGAACACUGGGAAAGUGACAGAACUAUUGAGAAUACUGUUAUUUUGUUAAAAUCCAUUCCUGUUCAUUUACAACUGCAUGAUCUGCUCUGUACAGUACAGAAAGAUACCAUGUUAGGCGACAGAUCACAUCCCUUUUCCCAAUAAUACCCCUAUAUAAAUGGAAAUGUUUCCAAUUAAAUUUACUUUUCACUGUUUAUCCUGGUUUAAUUUGGGAUUUCUGUUGGGGCAUGAAGCUAUCCCUGUCAGUUUCACUUUCUGCUUCUCAUGCAUUAGCACAACAGCUGCUGUGCUUGGUUGGUAAAUAUCCCUGGGAGGCUGGAAUUUAAAAAAUAAAACGUUAACUGAACUAAAACUCCAAACAAUUGUAUUAGGUUUCAUUAACCUCUCCCCCUCCUCCACUAAAUCCCCCCUUCCCUCAAAACACAAAACCUAAACCCUGGGCCACGCCCCCUAGCCUCUCAGAGCCUGUAACAACCACUCUAGAAACCAAACAUCUUUACCUGGUAGGCUGCAUAGUCCCGUGGCUAGAACGCAGGACUAGACAUCAAGAGAGUUAGUUUCUUUUCCCAGGUCUGCCACCGACUGGCUGUGUGAACAGGGGUAUGUCAUUGUGCCUGUCUUGACAAAUAAGGAAACGGGGGUUCAAUGUGGGUAAUCAUACUUACCCUCCUUUGUAAAGUGCUUUGAGAUCUGUGCAUAAAGAGGACUAUAUAGGGCCUAGGUUUUAUUGCCACGUGGUUAGGUGAUGGAUUUGUCGCUUGGAAUUUAAGCUCUAGGGAUUCAUACUGUACAUAUAUAAGAUUUUCUGACUUCAAUAUGGGUGAAAUCUUGGGCCCCAAUGAAGUGAGUGGCAAAACUCCUGUGGCUUCAGUGAAGCCAGGAUUUCACCCUAUGUGUUUUGGUAGCACGAGAAAAUGAUCAUUGUUAGCAUAUUCUCCAUAGUACACAUUGGCCAACUUUUUCUAACCCCUCUAGAUGCCUAAAUAGGGAUUUCGGAGCUUAACUUUAGGCAUCUGUGUUUGAAAAUGUGGCUCAUUGCAUCUUUGUUUGGAAGUGGUUCUCUCUCAUCUCGCUAGCUCGUAAGCCUGUUCUUCCCUUUAAAGUGAUCAUUGUUUUCUCGUGGGAUGACUGUUUUGUAGAAAAUCUGUGUAAAUGAGAAAUGUGGAUGAUUAAUAAAAUAUUGCAGAUUCUA